AUGCCAGGAAACUUCCUCAACCCCGUCCACGAUGACUACAAGUAUGACCCGGACAAGCACAUCCCCGACCUGUCGUCCAAAGUCAUCAUAGUCACGGGAGGGAACAAUGGAAUCGGCAAGGCCGCCGUGACGGAGCUCGCCAAACACAAUCCCAAACGGCUGUACAUGACGGCACGAAGUAAGACCAAGUACGACACGGCCAUGGAGGACAUCCUUGCCGCAGUGCCAACGGCAAAAGUGGACUUUCUCGAACUCGACCUUGCGUCCUUUGCCUCCAUCAAGCGUGCUGCCGAUGAAGUGAUUGCGGACAACGACCAACUGGACAUCUUGAUCAAUAACGCAGGUGUGAUGGGUCUCCCCCCUCAUCCAACGACCAAGGAAGGCUACGAAAUCCACAUUGGCACCAACCACGUGGGCCACGCGCUUCUCACGAAACUCCUCAUGCCGCUCCUCCUCAGCACGGCUUCUUCUUCUUCUUCUUCGUCGUCGUCGUCGCCGAACACGCCGGACGUGCGGGUCGUGACGCUCAGCUCGGGCGCGCACAACAUGGCCUCGUCAGGGGUGCCGAUCAGCCGCAUCGCCACGCCCAUGGAAGGCACGUGGUCGUUCUCGCGCUACGGCCAGUCCAAGAUGGCCAACGUGCUCUUCGCGCGCGAGCUGGCCCGGCGCUAUCCCCAGAUCACCUCCGUGUCCGCGGACCCCGGGCGAGUGCAGACGCCGCUGCUGGACGAAAAGUUCAAGACGCGCGAUUUCACGACCUACUUCCAGAAGACGUACGACCUUUUCGCCAGCGUGCUGGACCCCCGGCAGGGCGCGUUCACUGAGCUGUGGUGCGCCACCUUCGACAAGGCCAAGGUCAAGUCCGGCGAACACUACGUGCCCUUUGGCCACCGGGUGCCCGGUCACAAGAAGAGUCGCGACGAGAAGCACGCGAGGGAGCUGUGGGAGUGGCAGGAAGCCGAAUUCAAGAAGCAUGGUUAUUAA